GAAGGGUUGCAUCGCUAGUAUCAUCGCAUAUAAAAUGCCCUGGUGCUCCAGGUUCGAUUAUCGUUGACUGCCUGCCAGAGAAGAGCAAAGAGUCGUCAUUCCUUGAAAGAUGGAGCCGAUACAGCUUGGAAUCCAUGUGGUGCAAUCCGUGAUCGCGUUGAUCAUCCUAGGGUGCUCGAUCUAUGGCGUUACUAUAGCAUCCACCACGACAGGCUUCGGGCUUGCUAUCUUCACGGCGAUUGCAACGAUCCUAGUUGCCAUCUACAUUCUUACCGCAUCUUUCAUUGCCAAGAGCAUUUAUAAACUCUGGCUUCUCGUCGGAGCGAACUGUGUCACGGCGAUCUUUUGGAUUGCGACCAUCGGUACAUUGGCAUCACAACAAUCUUGGAAUCACCAAUGUCAAUACAAUCACGGACAUUGCUAUAGGAAGCGUGAUGGAAGCAAUAGCCAUGGUGUGCAGGCCGCAACGAUUGCGCUUAGCGUUAUUGACGGUCUCCUGUCGAUCUUCUCUAUUGGGUACAGCCUAUGGGCCAAAAAGAAUCACCGAACGAAGACUCCUGCAACUGAAUGAGCAGGAUAAUUUGCAGUGCUAUGAUGUUUACGUUCAAGUUACCUCGGCGAGCUUAUAGUAAUAUUCAAUCUCAACAGAUUUUAAUGCAUCCUUCGAGCUGUGGUGGUGGUAAAUAGUAUUGUGUAGGCAGAUUACCAAAACAGAAGCAAGCGAGAUUC